CCGCCCUUUAGACCCGCCCCCAGCCUCGGGCCCCGCCCCUGUCACCCCCAGGGCUGGAGACGCGUCCCGGGCUUGCGCAGCGGCCCUGACGAGGGGCGCAGGCUCGAGACACCAACCCUACCUCACAUCCUGGCUUACCCUGCUGGGGCAAGGUGGGAGCCACUGACCAGACCCUGACAGCCUUCCUGGGCACCGGAGGCUUCAGCCCCCACCACGACUCGCCUUUCCUGGCUUCCUGGGCUUCUGUAGCUGUUUUCUGCAGUCUGCUGGCCUGCUGUGCCUUUGGGUCACUGUGUCCAGGGUUAUCUAGGAUGCAUGCUGCCCUUCCCAUGGCCCCAGCGGUGCCGUGAGGGGACACUUGGAUGCCCAGUACACAGGAGCUCUACCUUCACCUUGUCUCAGCCUGUACUUCUGGUGUGUGCCCUGUUCCCCUCAGGGGCCCAGAAGCCUCUCAGGGGCAGCAGGUGGAGGAGGGGAAGAGGACAGCUGCCGCCCGGCAGCUCCCUGGCUGGCUGGACUGGCGGUACCAGCCACCAUCCACUACUCAUCCCUCUCCUUGCCAGCCUCUCUGGAGGGCAGCUCCAGGCCUUAUCGGCUGGGCCGAGGAAGAAGACAGUUAUCGGGUCCUUGGCAGCUACACUUUCCUGGUCUCUGAGGGCGGCACUGGCUGCCUCCCCUGAUAAGUGUCCCGCAAGGGAGGAGAGCCCCUGACCCCUCAGAAGAGGCCCCAGCUGGCAAAGCAGUGGCUUACAUUCCUGAGGGUCAGGGCUUAGCGAGGGACCGCCCUGCCCUCUGGGUUGGAAUUCCUGUUUUGCUUAGGCCUUCUGACCCUGAGCUAGUUUCUAGUUACCUCGGUCUACAGCAUGCAGUCCCAGGAGAGUGGUGUCCGCUACAGCAGGUGGGACAACAGUAGCCGGGAUGAAGUCAGCAUGACUGCCAUGUCCAGCACAGAGGAGCCCUCAUGCUAUAGGAGGCUCUCCCAGAAGUUGUGCUCCGGCAAGUUGGGGAUCGCCAUGAAGGUGCUGGGUGGAGUGGCCCUCUUCUGGAUCAUCUUCAUCUUGGGCUACGUCACUGGCUACUAUGUGCACAAGUGCAAAUAAAUGCUGCCCCGCUCCCA